AUGCAUAGGUUGGCUUCUGAUUGCUUCUUUUUUUUUUUCUUUUUUUUUUUUUUUUUUUUGAAUGGCAUGUUCUUUUUGACCCACUCUGAGCUCGAAGCAAUUUGGUCCGCAGGGGUGACAAACGACUUCAGUCGCUUCAAUUUGACCAGCAACUCCCGCCAACCAUGCAUGACCGACAAAAUGCCUAAUGUAACUGUUGCCGACUUGAGGUAUCCAAAUCUAUCAAAGGAGAGAGCUCUCGACGGUAUCACGUCGAUUCAGUCCUACAUUUUCUUGAAGCAGCUGCUUGCGUUCAACUUGAAUCACUUUGCACAGCGGAAACGUAACUUUGUGAGCACAAAGGCUUCUGUGAGAACAAUAAUGGGCACAAAAACAUGCGCGACAUUUUAUUACGUGUAAAAUGCUCGGGUCAAAAAAGAAAGCAGCCAUUUCAUUGUUGUGGAC